UGUGCUCAGCAGUCUGUGGCAGUGCUGCUGGCAGAGCUGGGACCGGCCGCGAAGGCCGCAGCGCUGCGUCCGCUGUCGAUAUUUGUCUGAAACGUUAUUAAUAUAGGUCUUGUGCCAAACGUCCACGCCUGCGCUGCGUUUUGAGGCCACAGCUGAGGGAGAGCACAAAUCACAGCUUGGGGGACAACACGCAGCAGCGCAGGCUUGCACACGCGUUGGGCUGCGAUAAAAUAGUGCAGUGAACGAGACCUCUUGGCGCAAGGCGUGCGUGCUUGUGUUUCACCGCCGCGCCCCAACAACAGUAGCACUGCCAUGCCUCAGACCCGCUCUGCACGCGGCGCGCGCACGAUCCUCCUGUUCAAGAGCUUUGGAGACGACGUCCUGAACCACAUACUCGCCACGGUGUCAUUUGCCGACCGCUCGGCCAUCACGAGCGUCUGCAAGCAAUGGCGGCACGUCGUCGCGUCGAAGCCGUUCGAGCGGGCGCGACGCGCCAUCGGCGAGACGGGCACAUGUCUCGUGUAUUGUUACGACAACGGUUGGGAGCGGGAUGGCAGCCUCGAGACGACGCCGAGCUUCCUCGUGACUCACGACGGCCGACUCCUCCGGGGUCCCGGCAGGGGCGCGGACGGCUUCGAGCGGUGUGCGGUCCUGGGCGACGAGGUCAUGGUUAUUGGUGGCGACGGUAUGAAUCACCGAAGGAUAGACUCGCCUCUGUGCCACAUGCACGCCUUUAACGUAUCAAAAGGAACGUGGCGGACGCUGGCGGCACCCCCGGUCGACAGUCCCUAUUUCCUCGGGGCAGGAGAGGAGGCCACGGCCCCGGUCGAGGCUCCAGCGUUCGCAGUGGUGGCGGGGCGGCUUUUCUGUGCGGGUGGCGCCGUCAUCACUCGACCGCCGGUCUUGCAUAAUGCAGACCACCGCGCCAACGACGACUACUUCUCGAUGACGCCGGAUACGGACAUUCUUCGCACCCCAGCCGAAUGCGGCGUCUACGAGUACGACGUCGACGCGGACGAGUGGCGACAGCGGGCUGAGAUGCAGGUCGGUGUGUGGCAGGGCGCGUGCGCCGCCUUAGGCAACAAGCUGUACGUGAUCGGCGGUGCGAAUGCUAACACUCGUAUCACUUGUCCUAUAGUGCAGGUAUACGACGUUGACAAUGACACGUGGACAUGUACUCCAACUUACGAUCAUGACAAUGGUGACCACAUCUAUCGCUGGGGUGCGCACGCCGCGGUCGUCGGGGGCGAGAUUUGGUUUUCGGGAGCCAGGCAGCAGCAGCUGAUCGAAAUGUACGACCCAGAGGACCUAGAUCCGGAGACCGGCUCGGGGACUAUCUACGAAAUCGUACCGGAUUGGGAGUCGACUGACGAGAACGCGGAAACGGAGAGGAAGAGCUACACUCGCCCGGAUAAUUAUUGUCCAAGCGGCUGCAUCGACGGCAAAUAUGCGGUCUUCGGAAAUGACAAUACCAUAAAGGUCCUCGAAGAUGACUGCUCCUCCUGGACAACGCUAGUCCACAUACCAGGCGAUGUCGUGUGUCGCCUGAUGGCCUCGCACGUCCCCCUCAUCUAGAAGUAAGUGAUAAUAACUGUAAAAAAAUUGGGACAAUUGGGCCAGGCAAGAGAAGGGCC